GUCUCCCUGCGAUCCGCGCCGCCUGCCGAGCGCGCGCGCUGCCGCCACCCCGCCCCCCUUCCGGUCCUGCGAAGCGAGAGCGCGCGCGCACCCGCCUUCCACGGCACACCCACCGGCGCACGGGAACGCGCCGAAGGACCAGCUGUUCAGGAACAUCCCAGCAGAGAGCCAGGCACAUUUGAGACUUGGAUCUGGAGAGAGGCCUCUACAGACUCUUCGCAGCAAUGUCGGUGCUGGAAGAAAGCCGGCCAUUUGCUCAACAGUUGUCCAAUGUCUACUUUACAAUACUUUCACUUUUCUGUUUUAAACUUUUUGUGAAAAUCAGCCUUGCCAUCCUCAGUCACUUCUAUAUCGUGAAAGGCAACCGCAAGGAAGCGGCAAGGAUAGCAGCUGAAUUUUAUGGAGUAACCCAAGGACAAGGUUCCUGGGCAGAUCGAUCACCACUGCAUGAAGCAGCAAGUCAAGGACGCCUUCUUGCUCUAAGAACACUAUUGUCACAGGGUUAUAACGUACAUGCAGUAACCAUAGACCAUGUCACCCCACUGCAUGAAGCCUGCCUUGGAGGUCACGUGGCAUGUGCCAGAACUCUUCUGGAAGCAGGAGCUAAUGUAAAUGCCCUCACGAUAGAUGGUGUGACUCCAUUAUUCAACGCGUGUUCACAAGGCAGUGCAAGCUGUACAGAACUUCUCUUGGAAUAUGGUGCCAAAGCCCAGCUGGAGUCAUGUCUUCCAUCACCCACACAUGAGGCUGCCAGUAAAGGUCACCACGAAUGUCUUGACAUCCUGAUUUCUUGGGACAUAGAUGUUGACCAAGACAUUCCUCAUUUGGGAACUCCUCUCUACGUGGCUUGUAUGUCACAACAAUUCCAUUGCGUCUGGAAGCUUCUUUAUGCUGGUGCUGAUGUACAGAAAGGCAAAUACUGGGAUACUCCACUACAUGCGGCUGCUCAACAAUCCAGCACGGAAAUAUUAAACUUACUGUUAGAAUUUGGAGCGGACAUCAAUGCCAAAAAUACAGAGUUUAUGCGACCUAUAGACAUGGCCACAUCCAGUAGUGGGGUGGAAAGAAUACUGCUUCAACAUGAAGCUACCCCGAGCUCUCUCUGCCAACUUUGCCGACUCUGUAUCCGAAACUACAUAGGAAGACCAAGAUUGCACCUUAUCCCACAGCUCCAGCUGCCAACAUUACUGAAGAAUUUCUUACAGUAUCGAUAAAGUUGUAAAAUCACCCUAAAUGCCUAGAAAAUAAAAAAGUAUAUUUCAUUUGCUUAAUGAAAAGUUCAUAUUAAAAUAUGCUAAAAAUGAAGUAAAAGGGAUAUGAGAUAACCCAGGGAAGCAGUGAAAUAUCAAUUAUCAUUAUAAGUGUAUUAGUUAGGAUUAUUAUUGUAUGCAUUUUUGUCUUUGGAUUAUAGUAUAUUUAUAAUAUCUAUUUAACAAUUCCAAUAUAUCCUCUUGUU